CCAAAAACAUAAAACAAAUCUCUCAGAGAUCUCAACACUCAAUUGUGGUUCAUAUUAAUUCUCUUCAUUAUAUAGUCCCACUCUGUAAAACAAAAAUAAAAAAGACCACCAACACCUCCAUUAUAUAACACCUAUUUGUCUCUUUAUAACACUAUACUAUACUCUUCUCUCCUCCCACGGCCAUCUCCCAUAAAUCAAUAUUAACAUAAUAAAUAUAAAAUUUUAUUAAUAAUAAUACAAAGCAUAUAUAGAAGAAAAUUAAGUGUUAGUAUAUUUGGGGGAGGAAGAAGAGGUGUAUAUGAUUAUUGGAAUGCUUGCCGUGUCAUCGUUAAGGGACACUUACAAAGAUGAAAACCAAGGAGGAGAGGCCAUGGAGACCAGUAAUCAUAUCAACUUUUCAAUCAACGGUGGAGAUGGAUUCCCGGAUUUCGCCGACUGCAUCGAUUUCGACGAUCUUUUCAUCGGUAUCAAUGUCGACGGAGAUGUUUUACCCGACUUGGAGAUGGACCCAGAAAUCCUCGCCGAUUUCUCAGCCGAGGAUUAUAACUCCGACGACAUGAACACGUCACCCCUUUCGGCCGAGAAAUCCGCUGAUAUUGACGAUAACAACGUUAGUAGUAUUAAUAGCGCAAUAACAAGCACUACCACUACGACUACUACGACAACUCAUGCCGAAGAGGAAGAAAAUUAUAAUAAUAAUAAUAGAAAAAUCAAAUCUACCACUGCGGAGAUUGAAGAUGACAAGGAUUCGGGUUCCGGGUCGGGUUCGGUAACGGGUGGGGACGUUGCGUCUGCGAAUAAUAAUAAGGAAGCUUCCGAUAAUAAAGGAGGAGGGAAAAAGUCCUCUUCCUCAACAACGGCUCAGUCCAAGAAUAAUAACUCUCAAGGGAAGCGAAAAGUUAAGGUGGAUUGGACACCAGAGUUGCACAGAAGGUUCGUACAGGCAGUGGAGCAGCUUGGAGUGGAUAAGGCAGUGCCUUCACGGAUUUUAGAACUCAUGGGAAUUGAUUGUCUCACUCGACAUAACAUAGCCAGCCACCUUCAGAAAUAUCGUUCGCAUCGGAAACAUUUGCUGGCACGUGAGGCCGAGGCAGCAAGCUGGAGCCAGAGGAGGCAAAUGUUUGGGGCAGCGCCUGGUGGUGGAGGCGGUGCAGUCGCCGGAAAGAGAGACGUCAGCCCUUGGGCGGUUGCACCCACCAUGGGGUUCCCACAACAAGCAGUAGUACCACAACCACCACCAGUACCCAUGCACCCACACUUCAGACCCUUACACGUGUGGGGUCAUCCAACCGUUGACCAAUCUCUAAUGCACGUGUGGCCGCCUAAACACUUACCUCAUUCCCCUUCUCAUCAUCCUCCUCCUCCUCCGCCAGCCUGGCAACCAGCAGUCCCCACUCCUCCACCACUACACGACCCUUCUUACUGGCACUCUCACCCCCACCGAGUUCCGAGUGCAUUAACCCCAGGAACGCCUUGCUUUCCACAACCAAUGGCUACGCCGAGAUUUAGCACACCAGCUGUCCCAGGUAUCCCACCAGGCCAUGCCAUGUAUAAAGUAGAUGCCGGCAUUGGUAAUCUCACCCCUGGACAAUCAGGCCCGCACCCUCUUUUCGACUUUCAUCCGUCAAAAGAGAGUGUAGAUGAAGCUAUUGGAGAUGUUUUAGCGAAACCAUGGCUGCCACUUCCUUUGGGCCUAAAACCUCCCUCAAUGGAUAGUGUGAUGGGGGAACUUCAACGACAAGGAGUCCCUAGAAUUCCACCCUCAUGUGCUUGAUUAUUGAUCAACCAGCCCACAAAUAACAUAUAUAUAUUAUUAUUAUUGGAAAAUAAUAUAUGUGUGUGAGCGUGUGCUAUUUUAAUCAAGCUGAUGUCCAGGGAAACCCUAAAUUUGACGACAUGUCCUUUCCUAUAUAUCAAAUCUAAUCUACCAAUCCUUUUUUUAGGGAGAUAUCGAUCAUGAUAUCUCUCUUUCUAGAAACCAUUAUUUCUCAUAUAAAUAUAUAUAUAUAUAUAUAUAUAUAUAUCUAUAUAAUUAAUCAGUACGAACGGCUUCGAUCGAUCAUUAGCUUUGUCCAUAUAAUCAAUUAUGUGUGAUGAGUUAUAAACUGAAUUAUUUUUUGUAAUGGUCGAUAGAUAUGAGUACUAAUAAGAGAUUAAGUAUAAUUUUUUUUUAUA